CGCAACAUGGCGCCGGGAGCCGCCCACAUGACGCAGGGCUGACGUCACAGGCUGUGUGUUUUGUUUUUUUGGAAGGCUGGGGAAGGCUGUGCAGACAGAGCAGCCCUGGGCAGCGAGCUGGGAGGAUAGCAGAGCACAGCCUGGUGAAGGAGAAGGAUUCACAAUUUGGAAUUUUUUUAAAAAGGCUCACAGGCAAGAUGCCAUCAGAGAAGAGUUUCAAGCAGAGGAGGACUCUGGGUAGGUCCCUUUAAAUCCCCCCCAAGUUGGGCCUGUGUGUCUAUGUGUAGCUUCCAGGGCAGAAGGGGUUAAAUCAAGACCUAACUCCUAAUGUAUCAGCUUGAAGUGGUUAUAGUCAUGGGCACACUACCAUCUAAAGUUCCCCUAGGGAUCCCUGUGUUGGCCCCAGGUACUGCCAUGGGGGGUGGGGGGGGGUUGUUUAUUAGAGUUACAGGCUAUAAUGAUAAAGCAGUUCAAUGUCUACUUGUACCUUUUUCACAAUUUUAUUUAAAAGCUGCAUUUCUACAUUGAUUUGGGGUGUUAGGGCUGAGUAUUGUCUUUGCCUAACAUAUGGGGGGGGAGGGGGUUAUUGGCUGCUAUGAAGGGGUUAAUAUACACUACAUCACCCUGCCCUUGCCAGCCAUAGCUGCAGAUUAUAUGAAUGUUCAGGUAUAUUCACAGUGUGCAUUGUCUUUGUAUACAGGGUUAUGUAACAGGAGCCUGGGCAGGCUGAGUGUUAUGGUCCCUUAAGCCCUGGGUAAUGGGAAGGCCAGGGGGAGGCACAGAGGCAAGGCACUGCAGUGGGAGCUGGGGGUGGGAGCUGCUACAAUUCACUCUAGUGUUACAGUAUAGACUGAGAAUCCCCUGCUACAGUCAUGUCUGGAGCUCAGUACACUAACAGGGCAUUGCACUCAUUGUAUGUAUAGAAGCAUCCAUAAACACAUACCAUGGCAAGCUCUGUAUAGUUUCCUUUGUUUAUUUAUUUUUCAUAUCUGCACCACAACAAACACAAGAUCAUAUGACUCCCAUGAGUAGAUUACUUCUGUUAUGUCUGUGUGUAUUCUGCAAUAUGUUAAAAUAUUGUGAUGGCAUGAUUGUCAGCUGUCUCCUUGUGUCGUAAUAAUGUUAUUCUGAAAUGUCUUAACUUGGGGUGAGCAGUGAACGUCAGGAAAUCCACUUGUAUUGCUACACAUGGGUUUAAAGGCCUGAGAUUUCUUUUUAGGUCAAUCCAAAUACUGACUAGCAUCUGGGGUGAGAUUGAGGUAGAUUUAGGGCCAGCUGGUGGCUGGCGAGCCCUGCCAGGCAUUGUCUGGAUAUAAGGUAAGCUCGAUAACCAGCUGUAAAUCUCUUUGUGUAUCCUUGUUUGCAAACAACACAAGGAAUAUCUGCUAUGUGGGGGAACAUAUUCCCCAGAACACGGCCAGCUACCCAAAGAAAACUCUCCCAUCUUCCUCAAAUGGGCCAGCAAAAGGUCAGGAGGAACGAAGAGGAGUUCUGUAUGAUCUGAUCAAAAUCAAUAUGGCCUUUACUGUGCUGGGAUGCUCACAGGACAUCUGUGUUGGGUCACAAAGCCAGGGUCCAAGUGUUGAUUUUACACAAAGGACCAAUGAUCUGAUGAUCAAACGUACUAAAAGUCAUAUCUCAUUGCUUUGGAAAACAUUAGAUAGUAACAGUAUCGAUAUCCAGGAGAUUAUCGAAAUCAUUUGAUAUAAUCUUUAUUAUCAUUAUUCUACAUAAGCAUAUUUUCUCUGGACGUGUAAACCUUUGCAUGUUAGGGGAGCAACAGUCUGCUACGUAGAGAAACCUUAAAGACCUGCCUGGGAUCUAACAGGUUAAACAAAGCUCGCGUCUGUUGCACUGAACAUCAAAUGAUGUCACCAUGCAGUGGCAAAUGCAGGAUUCGUUUUUAUUUAGGCGUGUUUUUUUUUUUUUUAAUCCUUUUUUUUUAUUUUUAUUUUAUUUCACUCGCCUCUUACAGGAAAAGUGUUUUUCUCUGAUCUUCGUUAUUAUAUACCAUUCAUUUUCUAGCACAAUAGGUGUGUAGGUGGCCAGAACUUUGGGAUUUAUAAAUUAUCCAAAAAUAUAAAUUAGCCACUCUCUAUGGACGGUAUCUAAUUCCAAGGUGAAGGCCCCCAAUCACCAAUAUAAAAUAGUUUUAUUAUUCUUGCAAUUCUAAUUUGUAGGAUGUAACCCUUUUUCAAGUACAAUAGGCAUUAUAUUCCAAUACAUUUAUAAACUAAACAGUAAAAUAGGGGCGAUAUUUCAUAAUACAUAUUCCCCCACUUUACUGCUUUUCCAGACAAGCGAUUUUGGACUAAAUCUUGCAUUUUAUUUGGUCAACUUACUGUUUAGCUCAGGGGUCCUCAAACUCCGGCCCCCCAGAUGUUGCCGAACUACAACUCCCAUGAUUCUUUGAAUUACAUAGCCAGAGAAUCAUGGGAGUUGGAGUUCAGCAACAUCUGGGGGGCCGGAGUCUGAGGACCCCUGGUUUAGUUUAUCAACCUCCAGAUUACAGGUAAAUAAAAUCUAGAGGUACAAAAAAUGUACAUAUAUUGGGGAGUUGAUCUAUAAUAGUGUGAAUGUGCUCAAUUUUUAAAUAUGUAUUUAAUUUUACUUCGAAGAACCAUAAUGUGUCCGUUUUUUAUUUUCCUAUGGCUCCCAAGUCCUUGUUAUUUUGGCAGAUUGUCAAGAAGCAGGGAAUAUGAUGUAUCUAUUGUAGAAGAGGGAAUAAUCAUUUAUUGUUUUGAUCUUGGAAAAACAAAGGACGUCUUGUUGGGAACAUGUCGUACAAUUAGUCCGAUCCAGUCUUUAUGACACAGAAUCUAUCAAUGCGUCUAAUGGUAGCUUAUUACUUAAUGACAGGUUAGAAUGCGAUGGUAUGUAGGCAUUAUGCAAGGUAUAUCUCAUGCUGAUGAUAAGAUAGGUAUUCUGAGUCAUGAAAACAUUUGAAAUCAUAGACUUUUCUAACCGUGGCCUGUCUGCCUGGCCAGCUGUCAUACCACGUGACUGCUGUGCUGUGUCACUUCCUUCAUUAGAAGUAUUCUGCAUUUUUAUUAAAUGUUUCCUGUGGCGAUUUAUUAAUGUGGAUUUCUUAGAAUGCAUGUGUAUACCUGCAGACUGACUACAGGAUCAGCAUCACUGAGUAUGGUAUUAUGGGAAGAGAGCUAUUAGACAGAAUGCAUAAACCAUGAAGAAUAAACAUUAACAGGUUCAUGCCGUGACAGUAGGAGCCAGAGCACUGCGAGGAGUGCAGAGGUUAAUGUCAUCUGUGUUCAUCCUAUUCCGCAUGUGGGCCACAUCAGACAGUCCAGCUCCCAGUCAGGUGGGCCAAAGCAGAUAGACUUCCCCAACAGCUCAAUAUCAUGCACAUUCUGUAAUGGAACGUGCUGCAGAAGGUCAGACAUUCCCCGUGGCUAUCGCUCAAGGCCCUUAAACCCUUAAUGACACAACUUCUGGAAUAAAAAGGGAAUCAUGGUGGAAUAUUUCCGUCAUGUGUCCUUAAGGGGGCUAGUGCCCAAUGUCCAUAGAUUAUCUUUCUUCAGGAGGCAAAAUCUUGAGCCUGCAGGGUCCCCAAAACUCGAUUGCCCCUGAGGGUUCGUGGAAGGCUGCCUUGGUGUUUCUCCAGGUGGGCCCCCAGCCCAGGAGAGGAACGGGAAGCUAGGGCAGCAGUUUGUGUUGCUGGAGUAGCUGGAGGGGUGAGUGGCCAAUGAGCGCACUGUCUAGGAAAUGGACAGUGAGUAGUGGUGGUGUGAUGCAGCGAUUCCGCUGUUGUGGCUGGGAAACGAGGGUUGCUUUUGAUGCGGUGCUAGAACGCCUGACAGAUCACUUCAAAUCUUGCCUUAAGUUGCUCCCUCCACUCUUGGUCUCCAGGACCUGUUCGGUCAUGUCGGUUUGGAGGCACGGUGGCCAUCUUGGCUCCACCACACGGUUGUCGAUGCAGUUAAGCUCUGCUCUGUGCCAUUAGAGACUUGUGCCACCCCAGUGGGGACCGGGAUGUCCCCCAUCAGUUCAAGGUGGAGGUAGCGGGGCUACCACAAGCUAUAUUGAGGUGCGGUCACCGGCUCUGGAGAUCGGCUGCUACUCCCAGCCACCGGGCCAGCACCCUCAGUAGGCCGCAGAGUCCGACGUGAUGGAGGCUGUGCAAAGCACAGCGAUUUGGGGGUUUGUCAAAUUAGCUUGUGGAGAUGUGUCUGCUGCUAUCCCCGGGCUUCAUUUAGCAAGAUUUUGGGUUGCAAUAGCUUAAAUUCGGCCCAAGUCAGCAGGAGCUAACGAGAGGCACGUCCGUCCAUCUUGGGUGUCAGGCCCCUCCCCCCUAAAUUUCAUAUUUUGAUAUGUAACUUAGCACUUUUGGAUGCUAAUAUAAUUUUUUUUUGCAAAUGCUGAACUGUUCAAACUCAGAAUAGUAUAUUUGUUACAGUUCCCCGAACUAAACUCUGACUUACCUAUAGUGAAUACCUAAAUUGCACGUACUGCCAUUUUUAAAUUGCUAUCAUGGGAUAUUUAUUAUUAGUAGCAGUAUUAUUAUUAUUAUUAUUAUGAUGAUAUUUAUAGAGCACCGUCAAAUUCCGCAGCGCUAUACAAUGGGUGGACGAACAGACAUGUAGUUGUAACCAGACAAGUUGGACACACAGGAACAGAGGGGUUGUUGGCCCUGCUCAAUGAGCUUACAUGCUAGAGGGAGUGGGGUAAAAUGACACAAAAAGGUAAGGAUAGUAUUAGACUAAUGACAGUUGCCGAAGAGGAAUCAGUCAGGAGCUAUUAACAGUUUAAUUGAUACGCUUUUAUGAAGAAGUGGGUUUUUAACGAUUUUUUGAAGGAGUGGAGACUGGGUGAGCAUCUAACGGAGGAGGGAAGGAGUUCCACAGGAACGGUGCAGCCCUUGAGAAAUCUUGAAGGCGAGCAUCAGAGGUGGGAGUACGGACAGAAGAUAGACGUAAGUCUUCAGCAGAUCGUAAGGGCCUAGACGGGACAUACUUGUGUGUAUAAGGGAGGAUAGAUAGGUGGGAGCAGCAUUAUGUAGAGAUUUGAAAGCAAAUAAAGAUAUAUUUAAACAAAUAGAUAUAAGGAAGGGAUUUAGACACAAACUAGUCUCCAAGGUAUGCAAUAGUUAUUCUGGCUGCGUGAUAUUUGAGUCCCAAAGCUAGUCUCAAUUUCAUAGCACUAGUAAGCUGAGACAGAUGGCUGAACCCAUGGGGGUGUCUGUGUCUACAGGGGAACAUUGAAUAGGCAGGUCCUAUCUCUCUGUAGAAUUCCUCGAGCUCCCGGAACAUGUUUGCGGUCAUUGGUAAAGCAGAACAAUGUAUCCAAAGGAGAAGCGAAACUAUUAAUUAAUUUUUGAUCUGAAACUCAUCUCUGUGUUUUUGUAUUAAACCAAUGUCGGUUUCUUUUCCUCAAUUGUGAGAAUAUUGGCAAGUCUAUAGAAAGCUGCAAGUGAUGUAUGUUUACAAUAGAAAGGGGAAAAAAAAUAGAAUGAUGGCUACAGUAUUACAAUCUUACACUAGUUUUACGCUCUGCCACUGGGAAUAAACAUAUCUCACUUCCCGAUGUGGAAUGCAUGAUAAAAAUAAAUGUGAUGCCGCUUGAUGUAGUAAACACUAAUGAUAUAAUCAGUGUGUGGAUAUAGUCCUGUUUCCAGUAGUGCGGGUUUUAGACUUGCGCACAAAUCCUGUUCAGCUUUGUGGAAUGAAUCAAAUGCCGGUUAAUCACAGAUUGAAUCGUUUGACCAACAAUUAACAGGCAUUCAAUUCGCUCAGUGCCGUUGAAUGGGAUUUGGUUGCUAAUAGAUUACUGUGGGCGCAUCUCUUGGUACAAUCGAUCUACCCAGUAACUGUGUAAUCCUUGCCCCACUCCCCUCCCACAAUUUAGCCUAAAAUUUGAAAAACUAGAAUUCGAAGUGAAACGUUCUGCGGCGGAGGGGAUAUUUCUGAUUGGUAUUUUCCCAACUCCCAGGACUGUGCUUCUCAUGAUCUGUAAAUUUGUCACAGGUUUGUACAUUAUAUCACAUGUCUCCCUUCAUACAUGGACUUCAGUCUUGGCGGUAUCUUCUUUCCUUCUGAGUGAGCUUGUGCUUCUUAGCUUGUUCUGUUGGUCUUUCAAAUGUAGUCUUUGGAACGAGGUUCAUCAUUGAUCCUCACCUGAAUAGAAACCGCUAAAACCUUUCCUUUAUCAUUUUGUAGAUUUAUAGACCUGGCUAUGUUUCUGGAGAACCUAAAUAACUGCUCCUCUGAACAGGUCCUAAAGAUCUGACAGAGCCCCAGCUGUAGACUAGAUGAUGAUCAUCUUAAGGAGAAAGCACAGGUCCCAAUGGGCAGGUUUUUGAAGAUGAGAACACUAUCCCAAGUCGCAUCCGCUCUGGCUGUGUGUGUCUGCUAAGUGGAGCUAAUUAUCAUUCUGGUUAUAGCAUGUCUGUAUCCGUUCUUCCAUUAGAUCUGCAUCACGGAGAAAAUUGCUCUCUAAUAGCCUUAUAAAUGCUCUGGCCCUUUGAGACAUCUUCCACUGUAAUAGAAAGUGGAAUAGAAUAUAAAGAAUAGAAGGGAAAUGAAAUAGAAAGUGCUUAUCUUCAUUAGAAUUGGUCACAGGCUGCACAAUUUUAUUAUUGUACUUAAACUCACCGAUAUAUACGCGGGAGCCAGGUACAGAAGCUCAUAUAUCCAUCUGGUUGUACAGAGAAAAAAUGGAACACUGAAAAUCUGUAUGAAUUGUGCACCACAUAUCUAUUACAUUUAAUAAAAUUGCCACUAAUAUAAUUGUAUAGUGCCUGUGGGGUUCAUCUAGGCUUCGUUUAAAACACACUAGUGUACUGUUAAGGUUUCAGUCCCAUAUGGUGUGCCCUGCUGCACAAUUUAACACACGUUUUUGUGUUUGUGUUUCAGAAGACUGCUCUAAAUGAAAGAGUUUCCUCCUCACAGAUAUGGAGAGAGAAUGUUUUUGUGAUUUAUUUAUUUUACUGGAUUGUGAACUUUAAACAGAGCGAUUAGUGUUAGCUCUUGAAUCACUCUCUUUGUUCCUUGUGGUUUUGAUAUACAAAACAAACCCCAACAAAACAAAAAGUAAAAAAAAGUUGUGUCCAUGUUUGUGAUAUUUAACCCUUUGACUGCUGCAGAUGUGUCUAGCAUCUCUUUAUUCAAAGGGUUAAAUGUUUAAUUCCAUGUAUACAUUCUGUUGGUGGUAGAUGUACUGGUUGUUACAGAUCUAUUGGUCACAGGCGACAGAUGUUUCAUUGUGUCACAUGGCAGGUACGUUGAGGGCACCAGGUGUACAUAGAUAACAGUGCCGUCCUAUUGUCUGGUUUACGUGAGACAGAUUACCUGGCAGCCAUCAUUGUGUUAUGGCUAAACUCAGCCCACAGGCUUCCAUGGCAGCUGGAGAGACCUGCAAAUGGUCACCCAUAGUUUAUUUCCACAUUGGGGUUUAUUUUUAAAGAGUGUGUUUACAAAGAACUUAAAAUGACAGUGAAAUUUUUUUAUAAAAAAAUUUAAAAAACUUUCAAUCUCCUGAGACAGCAGUUUGUGCACACCCUUCACAAUUUAGUAAAUACCCCCCAUACGGGAUUAAUGUUGUUAAUUGUAAAGUAUGAUGGAAUAGCUAGCUGAAUCUAGUCUGAGUCCUGGCCUCUGUAUUGCAAUGGGGGAGAGGUAUGGGCAGACGAGAUGCCGACAAAGGUGUACAGGUCUCACUGGGUCUCGUUAUAAUAAGACACUGAACGCAUUUUUUAUAUGGUAAUUAUGUUAGGUCUCUGGAAUUGGUCCUUUUUAUGUGAACAUUUUCAAUAAAUUAAACUGCAAGAGGAAUCAGACACCGAUCUCUGUGAGUGUUAUAGAAAUAUUUUAUAUAUCGGUUCUCCCAGAGAGCAUGAUCAUGUAUUUGAUCUUUUUCUUCCAUAAACUGUAUUUGGUGUUUUGUACAAUUUCCCUCUGUGGACGUUGAAGCAUGGGGCUAGUUAAUUAGCCCUACUGGCAUUACUGAUGGCUGAUGAUCAGAUUAGUGUUCAGGUCUCUGGUUUAUUUAGCCCCAGUAACAUGUCCAAUGUUUUGGGAGGUGCUCCUGGUCCGUCCCAAUGACAUUUCAAGGAUUGGCGUAUAAUUAUGAGUUGCUGUAAAUUUAUCUUGGCUUUUGUCUCUUUCUUUCCUCAGAGCAAAGAGUGGAAGAUGUUCGACUCAUCCGGGAACAGCAUCCAACCAAAAUUCCGGUAAGACCCCAUGAUCAAUGUCAGCGUAUCUCCAUAUUAGAGCAGGGUUAUAGGGAGAUGGGGAAAAUAUUAUGAUCUGAUCAUGUGAGGUGUGAAUUCGUAAUCUAGAUUUUUCUCUUGCUGGUCUGUUCAAGGCAAAAAAUAAAUUAUAUUAAUCUGCAUAUUCUAGAAACCACCUGGGUGAGGAUAAAAAUCUGUUAAUAGUGGGGGGAGGGAGGGGGGAAAUGAUCAAAAAAACAUCAAAACCGCAUAAAUAAUCGUAAUCUAACAUACAGGUACCUAGAAUGUCCCUGUACAACAUGUGAAGGAGACACACAUAUAACCCUCUCAACAAAAAAAAAAAAGCAAUUGGUUGAUGAGCAGAGAAGAGGGAUCACAUAACAUCCUGUGAGCUUAAACUGUAACAUUCUUUACAUGAACCAAACUUUAUCAUUCCCCCCCCCCCACUAUUUCUAAACUGCAGCUGUCAUUCUGGCUGAUCAGAUUUCAUUAUAAAGCCAGGUUUAUGUACUAAAGUUAGUUUCCCAUUGUACAGCGCUACAGAAUUUGCUGGCGCUAUAUAAAUAGUAUAUUUAAAAGUUAAUAUUUCAAAUAGCCAGAUUGGAAAAAAUUCUAUAAGUCAGUCGUCUCCCUUUGAUUACUCUGGCCUUCAAUUUGAAAUUAACUUUGCUUUCUCUCGUUAGUAAAUAACCCUGAGAGUAUUUCCUUUGCUACGUUUUCUUUUCUCCAUAUUCUCCGGUGCGUGCUAGAUGUCCCAUAUGGGGGUUAGGGUUUGAAAUAAAUAUGAGACAUGGCCACCUUUUAUCCCGAAUAAAAUGGCGCCAGUAUAUCCGCUUACCACAGCGUGUAGUUAUAUGGAUUAUGGAAACAAAAGGAGUGAAAUCUGUUCAGGAGACAGGAGUGGAUUUUGAACCGGUUGACCCAGUGCGCUGCUCAUACCAGACUUGGCAUUAAUGUGUCCAUUUUAUACAGGGUGUUGGUAUAUUGAAUAGAAACAGAGCAUCAUGGGUAAUGUGAGUGUGAAUUAAAUGGGAGUUGGUGUUGCCUGUUACUUGACUCUGGGAUUACAGGUUGCAAUUUCGAAGUCUCUACAAGUGGUCAUACAGCGCUACGUAGUAAGCUGACGCUUUAUCAAUAAGAGCAGAAAUGUGCUGUAGUUUAAGGGGGUUAUAAAAGUUUUGGCUAAAAGUUGUUUUGGUGUCUAUAGUGUCCCUUUAUAUCCACCUCAACCUUACUGUCAGCCACAAGAGGCGCUUCCACUGCACUGAGAGUAAAACUCGGCCAAGUGAUGCGGACGCCUCUAAUACAAUACUAUUCAAUGGGAAGGCUUGAAUGUAAGCGACACUUGCUGUGCAUUAGGUCCCCAGAGCACCUAGGACCAUCAUGACAAGGCCUCCUCCAUGAUGUUGCAAGAGGUGAGCAGGAGGGGGUUUGUAUUCCUAAUGCUAUAGCGUUCCUUUAACCACCAUUCUCCAGCUUUUGCUGUUUUGGGGUUUGUACCUCCUACAAUAUACUCAGUUCCUGGUUUGGUAAAUAAACAUCCAUUUGACUAGCAAGCAACCUGUGCAGCAGUUUGAGGUUGUGUCCCUGCAAUGCUCUCUCACUAAUGCAGAUCAUGUUACACAGAUCCUAUUACACAGGUCUACAGCCAGAUGGCUGCUAAAUGCACGGAUAGUCAGAUGACUGCUGCGUACAACUUCAGGCACUUUAUUUUCUUGCUGGGCAGUAACUGGCCUUUUCCAAGAUUACGUCACUGCAGUAUAGGCAUACAGAUCGCACCAUAACGGAUCAUUCAGGAGAGAAUUUACAGCUGUAAAACAUUGAACCUUAACUUACCUCGAUUUCUGUCCCUUUUAAACUGUAUUAAAGGCAAUGACUAUUGCGGAUAAAGUGAAAUGCACGGGAGGGGGUCCUUACACAGCUUUCUAGGUUUGAGAGAUUGUCAUGGUUUUCCUUAAAUUGCUAACUCUUCUCUUGCUCUUUUGUCCUACAGGUUAUUAUUGAAAGGUAUAAGGGGGAGAAGCAGCUUCCUGUGUUAGACAAAACGAAAUUCCUUGUGCCAGAUCACGUUAACAUGAGUGAAUUGAUUAAAAUAAUCCGGUAAGUGAAGCUGGGCACUCCCUACGUGGUUCCGGUUGAUAGAGCUAUAUAACAAAUGAAUCAGCCCAAUAUAUCUAUUGUACAGCGCUAUGGAAUCUGAUGGCGCUAUAUAAAUAAUAAAAUAUUAUGCAGAGAGAAAAAUCAAGGUUUAGUUACUAGAGUGUGACUUGUCAACAAUUCAAGGGGGAUUUCACAUUUUAGAUCAAAAUGGCUGAAUUGAAACAGAUGUCUGGGAGAAUUUCCCCAUUUUGAAUAUUGUGAAAUGUUAAAUUCCUGUAGCAGAUGAUACAAUGUUGCUUUGUUCAUAAUUUCAUAUGCAUGAAGUAACAUCACCUUCUGCAGCCUUACACGGUUUAGUUGAUCUACAAGCACCAUAAAAAGUCUGAAACUAUUUUAAUGCCCAUCUCUAUGGAAGCUGGGUGAAGAAAUGCUACAAUUAAAGGGACACUCCAGACUCCUAAAGCUAUUUAGCACUGAAAUGCGUUGCGUGCGAAGAGAGAUUUUGUUCCUGGAGCUAAACUCAAGAGGCAGCAAUUGCCAAAAUGUAAUGCACAAUUUAAUUUGGGGUAUAUCUACUAAGUAGUGUUUAAGCUAGUGUAGUGUCUCUUUAAAUUCAUUAUCUCUCAACUUGGGAAUGUAGUGUAUAUAACUAUUUUAAACAAUGAUUUAAAGGGACACAAAGCAAUAUGAUCAAUGCACUUGUUUGUUUAACAAUUUUCAAGAUGCUUGGUAAAAUACCGAGGGUUUCCUGGACGCUAUCAGUGGGAUUCAACCUUGCUGAAUCAUUGGAAACGUAUUUUUCUACAAACUGACACUAUCAACCAAAACGUGUCAAUUUGUAUUUCUCUAUCUAGUUAAAAAACAAAACACACAAACAUUCAACUGUCCAGAAAUUAAUAUUUUAACAUUUAGCUCAACAGGGUGAGGAGGCUUUUUUUUUUUUUUUGGUUUAAGAGCUUUGGUAAUCGUUUGUUUCUGUUACAGGAGACGCCUACAGCUAAAUGCCAACCAGGCUUUCUUCCUUUUGGUAAAUGGCCAUAGCAUGGUGAGUGUGUCUACACCUAUCUGCGAAGUUUACGGUGUAGAAAAGGAUGACGACGGCUUCCUGUACAUGGUAUACGCAUCUCAGGAGACUUUUGGGAUGAAUUCUGCAUAAAAUACACAACAGAAUCAGCUACUAUUAUUUGAUUUUUUUUUCUGGGGGACAAUUAUUAUUAAAAAAAGCAUUUCCUUCCCAGUAUAUGCUACCCUUUAAGUUAUAUAAUUUUAAUAAUUCUAACCUUUAAGUUUUUAAACUUUUGUUCCACAUUAAAAUAUGAACCGAAAAGUUUAAUUCAGGUUCGUUGUGUCAACGUUGGAUUUUAUUCUCCCCCUCCAAGUACAAUCUGUUACUUCCAACAAAAACUGUGGGUUUUAAACGGUAUGUAACAGGGUUACUCACUAAAGUGAGAAUUUUCGGAAAUUUUAAGUGAAUAUAUAAAGCCAAAAUCGCCAAAAAAGUCUCCCAGGCAGCUUGGCUUCUGGCUUGGUAAAUAACGAUGUAUGUAUGAACUUUUCAGAUUCCUUUUUUGCAAAUGUUUUACCUAAUUUGUGUGUACCCUUAUAUAGUGGCACCAGUACCAUCACAGCUAGUUCCCUAUGGCUGUCAUACUAUUGCUCUUUCAAUAGUUGGGUAGCUUAGCAUUUAAGAUGUACAUUAGUAGUUUAAAUUCAAUGCAGACAUCAUUUAACUACCCUGAGCCAUGUUCCAAAUGUUGCUCCAAUUAGAUUUAUUGUAGGCUGCUUAACGCUAGGUUUGAAUUAAGUGCUGAAUAUAUAUUUUUCCCUAAUUUCGUACCAAAAUGUAAAGCGCUGUUCGAGACAUAUACCAUGCAGGAGCCUUCUAAAGCAUGCAGAGGGCUAAAAGGUUGCCAAUUCUAAAUUUUAUAGGUAUAAGACAUUAAAACAUGCUUUUUAUGCAUCAGAAAGCUUGGUUUUUGAGACAUUGAAAUAUACUGAUAUCAGACCAUUCUGUGCUAAGAUAAUACCUAGAAUUGUUAUCCAAAAUGGCAAUGAAUUAUUUAUAUUACUCUAAAGGUUCUGCCAAAUGUAAUCAGUCCACAUUGUAAUUAUGUACAUUAUCCUGAGUGUAAGUGUUAAUGGAUUAAUAUCAAAAAUAUUGCAAAUGAAAACUCAAGCCAUCUUAACAUUUACCACUACUGUGGCAAGCUGACACGUUUAAGAAAUACAUGUAUUCAUCCUAAUAUAGACUUAGAAAAGAGUUUAUCCUUUAAGUGUUUAAAUACGCAAAUUUUUUAGUUUUUCAAGGUAUGACAACUAUGUAGAGUGAGUGGGUUAGAAAGAAAUAUUAAAAAAGCAAUAUUCCUGCAUUUCAAUAUUCUGCACAGAGCAUUAUUUACUUAAAAUAAUAUUUUGCACAUAUUUUGCUUUGUUACUUCCAUUUUUAAUCUUAACUAUUUUAAACACAUUUGCAUUGAGUGUCAGAGGGGUGAGUUUAAAGGGUAUUUAAAUUGGAUGCUGCCCCCACCCCACCAAUACUCAGUGACGUUCAAGUUUUUUUGUUUAACAACAAAUCUUUGUUUUAAUUCAUCAUAAGAUGUUGUUGCCUUUUUGUUUUGUCCUUUCAAUGGUUUUCUUUCCUGUAAAAAUAAAGAUUUUUUUUAAUAUAAGUUGCAUAUUGUGGC